AUGCAGCUGGUCCUGUUUGUGGUAUUCCUUGGUGUCUACUCUGUGACCCUAGUAGGAAAUAUCACUCUUAUGGUGUUGAUCGGUAAUGACUCCUGCUUGCACACACCCAUGUAUUUUUUCACUGGGAAUCUGUCUUUUCUGGAUCUCUGGUACUCCUCUGUGUAUAUCCCAAAGAUUCUAGUGACCUGCAUCUCUGAAGACAAAAGCAUCUCUUUCACUGGCUGUGUGGUCCAGUUCUUCUCUGCGUCGCUGGCCUCCAGUGAGUGCUGCCUGCAGGUUGCCAUGGAUUAUGACCGCUAUGCGGCCAUUUCCAGUCCCCUGCUCUAUGCUCAGGUCAUGUCCAGGAGACUCUGUAUCUGUUUGGUUAUAUAUUCCCAUACUGGGGGUUUUGUCAAUGCAAUAAUACUCACCAGCAACACGUUCACUUUGAAUUUUUGUGGUGAUAAUGUUAUUGAUGACUUUUUCUGUGAUGUUCCACCUCUCGUGAAAUUGGCUUGUGAUGUGCAAGAGACGUAUCGGGAUGUGUUGUACUUCCUCCUUGCCUCCAGCGUCAUCACCCCGACUAUGCUCAUCCUAGCUUCCUACGCCUUCAUCAUUGCUGCCAUCUUGUGA